CAACGUUGUUUGUUUGCUGUAUGUUUUCCACUGUAAGAAGAAGAAGAAGAAUGUAAGAAGAAUGACUAUACAAAUCAAUUGGAGGCUUGCUUCAUUGAUCACAACCGUUGUUUCUGCUGCUCCAUGGAGUCUGGUGUGCGCAUUUACAAUGUGGAGCCUUUGAUGGAGAAGGGCCACUUGGAUCACGAGCAGGUGGGCAGCGUGGCGUCGUGCUCCAUGCUGCAUCGCUCCAACCUGCUGGCCGUGGUCGGGGGCGGAGUCAGCCCCAAGUUCUCUGAGAUAUCCGUGCUGAUCUGGGAUGACGCGUGCGAUUCCCGAGACGCCAAAGACAAGCUGGUCCUGGAGUUCACCUUCACCAAGCCGGUGCUGGCGGUCCGGAUGCGACACGACAAGAUCGUCAUGGUGUUGAAGAACAGGAUCUAUGUGUACAGCUUACCCGACAAGCCGCUCAAGCUCUUUGAGUUUGAUACGCGCGACAACCCCAAAGGUCUGUGCGACUUGUGUCCGAGUCUGGACAAGCAGCUGCUGGUUUUCCCGGGACACAAAUGUGGAAGUCUGCAGCUGGCGGACCUGUCCAACAGCAAGCCCGGGACGUCGUCGGCGCCGUUCACCAUCAACGCGCACCAGAGCGAGAUCGCCUGCCUGGCGCUCAACCAGCCGGGAAGCGUGGCCGCCUCGGCCUCUCGCAAGGGGACGCUCAUACGCCUCUUUGACACCAGCAGCCGCGACAAACUGGUGGAGCUGCGGCGAGGCACCGACCCCGCCACGCUCUACUGCCUCAACUUCAGUCACGACUCGUCCUUCUUGUGCGCAUCCAGUGACAAAGGGACGGUCCACAUCUUCGCCCUGAAAGACACCAAACUUAACCGCCGCUCCGCGUUGGCGCGCGUGGGCAAGGUGGGCCCCGUCAUCGGCCAGUACGUGGACAGCCAGUGGUCGCUGGCCAGCUUCACCGUGCCCGCCGAGUGCGCCUGCAUCUGCGCCUUCGGGAAGAACACAUCCAAGAACGUCAACUCCGUCAUCGGUCCGAGGGAGGGGUCGUCGUUUGCUGCGCACCGGCCACAUUUCGCCUCUAACAUUUCCUUUGCUCUCUAUGGCAGCCAUCUGCGUGGACGGCACCUUCCACAAGUACGUCUUCACGCCCGACGGAAACUGCAACCGAGAAGCCUUUGACGUCUACUUGGACAUUUGCAACGACGACGACUUUUGAUCCAGGACGGAAGGAAACGGGGAAGGACCCAAGGAAGAAACGGCAGGACACUUCAAGUGAAGCCAGGUGUCACCUUUUGCGGUUCGGCAGGAGGAGCUGUCAAAGUCACCUGUGCGCAUGCACGUGUGAGUAGCUCAUCCGAGGACGCGCCGACAGAACAUUCUUCCAAAUCCUCAUUCCAGAAGCGUGCUGAAGUCACAACAAGGAGGUAAGGCAGGCGUUUGUUUCGUCCUCU